UAUGCGGAGUCAAAAAGGCGUGGGAGGGUCUGCUGACUGUUGAUCAGACUUGACUGUGCAGAAAACCGAGCAGAAAACCCUUUCUUAUGUUUUGAGACACCUCUCCUUCAACCUGCAGAAGAUAAAAUAAAGAUUCCUUCUUAUCCUUAAACCCCUGAAAGGAAUCGAGUUACAAUGGCAAGUGAGGCUCAGCAGAUGGAAGGCAUGCCUAUCAGGCAGGUCACGCUCUACGACAAUGGUUUUGCCGUUUUCCAACGAGAAAAAGUCAUCCAAGGUCACGGUAAUAUCGAUCUUUACUUCUCCUCUGACCACAUGAAAAGUGUUCUUGAGAGUCUACAAUUCAAUGGAGAUGCAAGUACGAAAGUUGGAAACAUUGCCUACGAGGUCACAAAGCCUGAGGCAAGCAUCAGCUUGAGUAGUCGUGAGCCAAUUGUCGGUCUAAUACGCUCCCUAGUCGGUCGAAUGAUGUCCAUCACGUUCCAAGAUGCUGAUAAUUUGGAGGUUAUUGAGGGGCGGGUUUUAGGUGUUGACAACUCUGUACACGACCCCACCUCUGGAAAUGAGCUUGAGCACGUUAGCAUUCUACAGGAGGGGGGUUUCAUGAGGAUGUUUCCGAUCAAAAACAUCAAGAAUUUCCAUAUCCUGGAGGCGCAAGUACAAGAGGACCUCGCCUUUUCUCUCGAUCUCAGGAGGAUGACUGGAAAUGAUGAUCACCAGAAGCUGAGCGUGUUCUACUCUGACAUAGACACACCACAAAACCUCAUCGCUCGUUAUGGUUUUCAGGUAACUGAGUUCAAGAGCUCUUAUCGCAUGAAGCUAUCAGAUCACCCCACCAACUUUCAACUGGAUGGUCUGGCCAUAGUCCACAACACACUCGACGAAGACUGGAAUGAUAUCAGCCUUAAACUGGUGGUCGGAGCUCCGCCCAUAGAGUCAAAAUCGCGGUCCAUAUCUGACGAGGGAAUCUGGCAACUGAAGAUCAAGGACCUGAACGGAUCGUACUUCAAUAUGCGAGCAAAUCCGAAAGAUGGUGUACUAAAACUGAAGGCCAAAAUUGCAAAAACAAAAGGAACUUCUCCGUUCUCAUUCAAGCUCAUGUUUGCUGGAAAAGCUGUUGAAGAUGGCCGCCUCCUCUCUGAUUACACAAUCGGGAAUAAUGCAACUCUCAUCAUGGCUAGCACUUCAUCGACGAAGGGUAUCCAAAAUCGAUUUGGUUCCAGUAAUCAGAGCCAGUUUGUGAUGGCAUCCCAGGACAAUCUCUCUUGCUAUCAAAUCCCGAUGCACGUAACAGCAAAGAGAAAGCAGAAGGCGAUUGUUCCACUGCUACAAGCCCAACUUGAAGGGCAGAAAGUCUACCUUUACGACGAGUCUAUUCGUACCGGUAACCCUCUCUGUGCUCUGCUGUUUGAAAACACAACUGGACGCACUCUGGAGGGAGGGAGUUUGCAGAUCUCCAACUCCGAUGUUUUCCUCGGUCAAGGCACCCUACCAACCAUCCACCCCGGUGACGAAUCUCCACCCAUUCCGUUUGCUGUUGAGUUGGCCUGUGAGAUUGCUAAAGGCGUCGACAGCACUUACCUCAAACCACACCACAUGUGUAUCGAGAGGGGGACAGCUACAGUGACCCGUAUACAUCGUGAGAUCACUCUGUAUCGAAUCAAAAAUAAGAGUGAUAAGAAAAUGGAUUUCCUUCUAAACCACCUCUUUUUGGAAGACUACGACCUUGUUCAGAUCCCAGACGUUGAGGAGGAAGAGCCUGUCGACAUUACCGAUCGAUUCUACCAGUUCCGUUUUGAAGUGCCUGCCAACACGGAGAAAAAAACAUUCACCGUUCGUGAGGAGAUCAACGAUAUCAAGGAGUAUGAAAUACGAGACGUGCAGGAGGAUGUUCUUGAGAAGUGGGUGAGAGACAAGCUUGUCGAUUCCAAAACUGAGCGAGCUGUUCGUGAUACUUUUGUAAUCAAGAUGCAGAUUAACGAUAUCCAGCGUGGAAUUUACGAAAAGGAGUCUGAGAUUCGCGAGGUUCAGUCGACACAGCAACAUCUCCGAAGCAACAUCUCCGCUCUUGAGGGUCACGAAAAAGAGGCCUCCAAAUACAUCCGCAGUCUUGCUCAAGAAGAAGACAAGUUGAAAAGUCUUCAAGAUGCCAUUAAGACUGACAAGCAGAGAAAGAAGAAUUUGGAGAAAAAGUUGACAGCAAGUGUUGAUGUGAUUGAGUUUAAGAAAGACUUGCCCAAAUCUACUGCUGACAAACUUUAGAGACUCUUAGACUAACAGAACUGACUGAUGGCAUAGUUUUAGCUGCUGAUUGUGUUUUACGUUUAUAUAUAUAAUUAAUACAUGACUGUUUAAAUCUA